AUGCCAAUGAAAAAUCAAACCACAGUGACCGAAUUUAUUUUCCUGGGACUUCCCAGUGACCCUCAGAUGCAGAUUUUCCUCUUCUCAGUGUUUUUAGUUAUUUACUUAAUCACUCUGAGUGGUAACAUAGUGAUCAUGCUGGUGAUAAGAGCUGAUUCUCACCUUCACACCCCUAUGUACUUCUUCCUUUUCAAUUUAUCCUUUCUUGAUAUCUGCUAUUCCUCGGUCACAGUGCCUAACGUGCUGAGGAAGAUCCUAGCAGAGCACAAAACAAUUUCUGUCAAUGGCUGCAUUGCUCAGAUAUUCUUCAUCCUCCUCUCAGCUUGUGCUGAAAGUUUCAUUCUCUCAGCCAUGGCUUAUGACCGCUACGCUGCCAUCUGUGACCCAUUGCGUUACAUGGAGAAAAUGAGCAAAGGGAUCUGUGUUCUUUUGGUGAGUGGGGCAUGGACCACAGGCUUCUUUUAUGCCCUUCUUAGUACUGUUUUUACUCUGAAGUUGCAUUUCUGUGGCUCCAAUCAAAUCCAUCAUUUCAGCUGUGAACCCCCUCCUCUGUUACAACUGGCCUGCACUGACACCCUCACCACUCAAGUGUUGGUUCUUACUUCUGCUGUGAUAUUUGCAUCAAGCUCCUUCCUCCUCACCCUGAUCUCCUACAUUCACAUCAUCUCCACCAUCCAGAGGAUACGAUCUGCAGAGGGCAGGCAUAAAGCCUUCUCCACCUGCAGCUCCCACCUUAUUGUGGUUGGCUUGUUUUACCUGACAGGUUUUCUCCAGUACACAAAACCCAGCACAGUCUCUUCUGUGGUGCUGGAUGAAAUAUUCUCCGUCCAGUACAGCGUCUUGACCCCCAUGUUAAACCCCAUCAUCUACAGCCUGAAAAACAAGGAGGUGAAAACAGCUUUAAGGAAAAUGUUGGGAAAAUUAAAGUUUGUCAGGUAA